AUGAGGGGCACGCCCCUGAUCCUCGUCUUUCUGCUUGCCCUGCUUCGGCGGCAUGGGGACUGCCGCCUGGCCAAUGCUGAGGAGAAGCUGAUGGAUGACCUCCUGAACAAAACCCGCUACAACAACCUAAUCCGCCCAGCCACCAGCGCCAGUCAGCUCAUCUCCAUCCAACUGGAGCUACUACUGUCCCAGCUCAUCAGUGUGAAUGAGCGAGAACAAAUCAUGACCACCAACAUCUGGCUAAAACAGGAAUGGACUGACUACCGCCUGGCCUGGAACAGCUCCUACUACGAAGGGGUGAACAUUUUGAGGAUCCCCGCAAAGCGUGUCUGGUUGCCUGACAUUGUGUUGUAUAACAAUGCUGAUGGGACCUAUGAGGUGUCUUUCUACGCCAACGUCAUCGUGCGUUCCAAUGGCAGCAUCCAGUGGCUGCCCCCUGCCAUCUACAAGAGUGCCUGCAAAAUUGAGGUGAAGCACUUUCCCUUCGACCAACAGAACUGCACCCUCAAAUUUCGCUCCUGGACCUAUGACCACACAGAGAUUGACAUGGUCCUUAAAUCGCCCACAGCCAUCAUGGAUGACUUUACUCCCAGUGGUGAGUGGGACAUUGUGGCCCUCCCAGGACGAAGGACAGUGAACCCGCUGGACCCCAGCUAUGUGGACGUGACCUAUGACUUCAUCAUCAAGCGCAAGCCACUCUUCUAUACCAUCAACCUCAUCAUCCCCUGUGUGCUCAUCACCUCGCUGGCCAUCCUGGUCUUCUACCUGCCCUCUGAUUGUGGGGAGAAGAUGACACUCUGCAUCUCCGUGCUGCUAGCACUCACAUUCUUCUUACUGCUCAUCUCCAAGAUCGUGCCUCCCACCUCUCUUGACGUACCACUCAUUGGCAAGUACCUCUUGUUCACCAUGGUGCUGGUCACCUUUUCCAUCGUUACCACUGUAUGCGUCCUCAACGUGCACCACCGCUCACCCAGCACUCACACCAUGGCAUCCUGGGUCAAGGAGUGCUUCCUGCACAAGCUGCCCACCUUCCUCUUCAUGAAGCGCCCAGGUCUCAGAGUUACCCCAGCCGGGAUCCGUCAUCCCAGCCAGUUGCACAUGACCACAGCUGAUGCUGCAAACACCGCUGCCUUAGGCCCAGCCAGCCCAUCUGACGUCUAUGGGCAUUCCAUGUACUUUGUGAACCCAGUCCUUGCUACUCCCAAGUCUGCAGUCGGCUCCCGCACAGCAGGCAACCCCAGGGGUGCCCGGCUGAGGUCCUCUGGGAGGUUCCGGCAUGACCUCCAGGAAGCCGUAGAGGGUGUCAGCUUCAUCGCCCAGCAUCUGAGGAGUGAUGAUCAAGAUCAGAGUGUUAUCGAGGACUGGAAAUUCGUAGCGAUGGUCGUCGACCGCCUAUUCCUGUGGGUGUUUGUGUUUGUGUGCAUCCUGGGCACUGUGGGGCUCUUCCUACCCCCCCUCUUCCAGACCCAUGCACCUUCCAAGGGCACCUAG